AUGCUCCGGAAACAGCUGCUGCGCCAAUCGCGCACGAUUCCAAGAUCCUUGACAGCGCUGCCGUCAGUACAGCGGUUACCAUUAUCUUCUGCAUCCUUCAUUUCCCCUCGAGCAGCCGCCCCAUCCUCUCUGUCAUCAUGGUUAGGUCGAAGAUGGCAAUCUACAGAGGCCGAGAAAACCCCUCCCGAAGAACCUCCCCCGUCCACAGAAGACGCCAAAUCGGCAGAAGCAGAGGAAGAUCCUCUGAAGCAAGAGCUCGAAAAGAGUAGAAAAGAGAUAAUAGACUUGAAGGACAAAUAUCUGCGCUCUGUCGCCGACUACCGCAAUCUACAAGAACGGACAAGACGAGAAAUGGAAUCCGCAAGGCAAUUCGCCAUCCAACGGUUCGCUACCGACCUCCUCGACUCAAUAGAUAAUCUUGACCGGGCCCUGUCAUCCAUCCCCCCAGCCGCCCUCGGCAAUGCCGCGGCAACAUCCGAUACCUCUUCUGAUCCCAAUGUCGCCGCAUCUAGUGAAUCCACCUCCGAGGCGAGCAAGGACCUGGUAAACCUAUUCUCUGGGCUCAAGAUGACUGAAGAAAUCCUGAUGUCGACCUUGAAGAAGCACGGCCUUGAGAGAUUUGAUCCGAUGGAGGGUGAAGGCCGGAAAUUCGACCCCAACACCGAUGAAGCAACGUUCUUCUCCAAAGUUGAGGGCAAGGAAGACGGAGAUGUCUUCUUCACCCAGAGUAAAGGCUUCAAGCUGAAUGGAAGAGUCGUGAGAGCCGCUAAGGUCGGAGUGGUGAAGAACUCUUAA